AUGUCAAAUCGAUUACCAGAUAGAACAGCUUCAGAAUAUAUAGUGAACGAUGGAUCAGAAUCCAUAGAACCACCACCCCCAUAUUCAGAAUUUCCUACAGAAACGUCAGCAAAUAAUAGACAACUCGCAAAUGAAUGUAUUGGUAUUAAUGACCAUGACCGCGUCUUUCCUUCCAUGCCUGAAAUGCCUGAACAAACCCCACAAUUUACACAACCUUUACCUCAUCCAAAUAUGAGAACACCUCUUCAUUUUCCUAAUGAUUUUAUUCCUCCUCCUUCCAUGAGACCGCAUCGGAGGCCUAUAGUACGCGACUAUUCUUCACAACGCGCUGCGACACGACAAAUCAUCGAUAAUGAGGAUGAUUGUUGCUGUACAGCACCUUGUGAAAUAUCUACCUGGGGCUGUUUAAUCUAUUUAACUUUGUUUUCUUUACCAUUCGGAAUAUUUUGUUUUAUAUGGACAAUAACAACGAGCAUAAUGUGCUUUACUACUUUAAUAUUACCACCAUUAGGGUAUGUUAUGUGUUUAAUAACCGCCGCAUCUUAUAGGAUGCUUGGUCGAAUAGAACUUGUCACUCAACAAUUAUGCGGUGGACAACCGCGAUUAUUUCGUAACUUAGGGUAUCAAGCAUAUCCACCAGUAUUUUCUUUAGAAAAUCCCCCAACUUUACCUACUACUACAACUUCUUUAGAGUCCCGAGGUUGGUUUAAUUCAUCAUUUAGUUAUAUGACAGAUGCGUAUACUUGGAGAUGUCUUGUAUAUUUUAUGAUGAUUAAAUCUUUCCUGAGUGUUAUUACUUUUAUUAUAACGAUUUUGGCUGUAACUAUUUCUAUACCACUUGCUUUAUGUCUAUUGGGUCCUGCUUUGUAUCUAGUAAAAACUGUUGGCGUAUGGCAAAAAGAAGUGGCCUUUGAAUUCUUAGUAUUAUAA